UCCUCUGGACAAGGCUGUUGCUUACUCCAAGCUUCGAAACCCCUUUCUUAUCAAUGAUCUGGCCAUGCAGUAUUACAUCCAAGACAGGAGGGAGGUGUACCGGAUCCUGCAGGAAGAGGGUAUUGACCUGCCUCGAUACGCUGUGCUCAACCGUGACCCUGCCCGGCCCGAGGAGUGCAACUUGAUAGAAGGUGAAGACCAGGUCGAAGUCAAUGGUGCCGUCUUCCCCAAGCCUUUUGUGGAGAAGCCAGUGAGUGCAGAGGACCACAACGUUUAUAUCUACUACCCCAGCUCAGCUGGAGGAGGGAGCCAGCGCCUCUUCCGUAAGAUUGGCAGCCGAAGCAGCGUUUAUUCUCCUGAGAGUAGCGUCCGGAAGACAGGGUCAUAUAUCUAUGAGGAGUUUAUGCCGACAGAUGGCACAGAUGUCAAGGUGUACACAGUGGGGCCAGAUUAUGCCCAUGCUGAGGCUAGGAAAUCUCCAGCUCUGGAUGGAAAAGUGGAACGAGACAGUGAGGGGAAAGAGGUUCGAUACCCAGUCAUGCUGACUGCCAUGGAAAAGUUGGUGGCCAGGAAAGUCUGUGUAGCUUUCAAGCAAACAGUGUGUGGCUUUGACCUUCUUCGGGCCAAUGGUCAUUCAUUUGUAUGUGAUGUCAAUGGCUUCAGCUUUGUCAAGAAUUCAAUGAAAUACUAUGAUGACUGUGCUAAGAUUCUGGGAAACACCAUCAUGCGAGAGCUUGCUCCGCAGUUCCAGAUCCCCUGGUCCAUCCCCACAGAAGCUGAAGAUAUUCCUAUCGUCCCUACCACGUCUGGCACCAUGAUGGAACUCCGGUGUGUCAUUGCAAUUAUCCGCCAUGGGGAUCGCACCCCCAAACAGAAGAUGAAAAUGGAGGUGACGCAUCCAAGGUUUUUCACUCUGUUUGAAAAACAUGGUGGAUACAAGACUGGGAAAUUAAAGCUCAAGCGACCCGAGCAGCUGCAGGAGGUUCUGGACAUCACAAGGCUGUUGCUGGCUGAACUGGAGAAAGAGCCAAGUGGUGAGAUCGAGGAGAAGACUGGGAAGCUAGAGCAGCUGAAGUCCGUGUUGGAGAUGUAUGGCCACUUCUCAGGCAUCAACCGCAAAGUGCAGCUGACUUACUACCCUCAUGGAGUGAAAGCAUCUAAUGAGGGGCAAGAUCUGCAGAGGGCAGCUCUAGCCCCUUCCCUGUUGCUGGUACUGAAGUGGGGUGGAGAGCUGACUCCGGAUGGCCGUGUUCAGGCUGAGGAGCUGGGACGAGCUUUUCGCUGCAUGUACCCUGGAGGGCAGGGUGACUAUGCUGGCUUUCCUGGUUGUGGGCUGCUUCGUCUUCAUAGCACUUUCCGCCAUGACCUCAAGAUCUAUGCCUCUGACGAGGGCCGUGUCCAGAUGACUGCUGCCGCCUUUGCCAAAGGUCUUCUGGCUCUAGAAGGGGAGCUGACACCCAUUUUGGUACAAAUGGUGAAGAGUGCCAACAUGAAUGGGCUCCUGGACAGCGACGGGGAGUCCCUGAGCAGCUGCCAGCACCGGGUCAAGGCUCGGCUCCAUCAUAUUCUGCAGCAGGAUGCACCCUUUGGCCCCGAGGACUAUGACCAGUUGGCGCCUACUGGAAGCACUUCCCUGCUUAACUCCAUGACUAUCAUUCAGAAUCCUGUGAAAGUCUGUGAUCAGGUAUUUUCCCUGAUUGAAAACCUCACCAGCCAGAUCCGGGAGCGGAUGCAGGAUCCCAAAUCUGUAGACCUGCAGCUCUAUCAUAGUGAGACCCUAGAGCUAAUGCUGCAGCGCUGGAGCAAGCUGGAGCGUGACUUUCGGCAGAAAAGUGGGCGCUAUGACAUCAGUAAGAUCCCAGACAUCUACGAUUGUGUCAAGUACGAUGUGCAGCACAAUGGGAGCCUGGGCCUCCAGGGCACAGCAGAGCUGCUGCGUCUCUCCAAGGCGCUGGCGGAUGUGGUCAUUCCUCAGGAGUACGGGAUCAGUCGGGAGGAGAAACUGGAAAUCGCCGUAGGCUUCUGUCUUCCACUGUUGAGAAAGAUACUACUUGACCUGCAGAGAACCCACGAGGAUGAGUCUGUCAACAAGCUGCACCCCCUGUACUCCCGAGGGGUGCUCUCCCCAGGCCGCCACGUUCGAACACGGCUCUAUUUUACCAGCGAGAGCCACGUCCACUCCCUACUCAGCGUCUUUCGUUAUGGGGGGCUCCUUGAUGAGACCCAAGACACACAGUGGCAGCGAGCAUUGGCCUACCUGAGUGCCAUCUCAGAGCUCAACUACAUGACCCAGAUUGUUAUCAUGCUUUAUGAGGAUAAUACGCAGGAUCCCUUGUCAGAGGAGCGGUUCCAUGUGGAGCUGCAUUUCAGCCCUGGAGUGAAAGGUGUUGAGGAAGAAGGCAGUGCCCCAACUGGCUGUGGAUUCCGUCCAGCAUCUUCUGAGAAUGAGGAGAUGAAAACAGACCAAGGCAGCAUGGAGAACCUGUGCCCAGAGAAGGCACCAGAUGAGCCGGACCGGGCCCUGCAGACGUCACCCCAGCCACCUGAGGGGCCUGGGCUCCCGAGGAGAUCACCCCUCAUUCGUAACCGAAAAGCCGGCUCUAUGGAGGUCAUGAACAUGCAGUGCACGGGGAGCCUGGACCUGAUCCCCUUGAGGGGACGGCGCCGCAGGCGGUCAGGAGACCUCCCCCGGCCUUCCCCAGCCAUCGGCCUACAGCCCCGGGCUGUGUCCACCACUCACUUGGCGUCCUGCACACAGGUGCUUUCUGAAACUUCCUCCUCAAGGCCUGGUGGCUACCGACUCUUUUCAUCUUCACGGCCACCAGCGGAGAUGAAGCAGAGUGGCCUAGAGCUGCUGGAUGACCAGCACCCUGUGGUCCGGUUGCUGCGUGGUUUUUCCUCUGACUGCCCAGGGUGCCGGCCGGUCUCCUUGGAUGCCACACUGGCACAUCAUCUGCACCAGUGCUCCUACCACCUGCGCCUCUUCCGGAACUGGCUGCACUCAGGCCAGGAUGACCCCGAGUGCCUCUACGGAUUUGAAGGGUGCUCCAUGGUGCCUACCAUAUACCCCCUGGAAACACUGCAUAAUGCUCUUUCCUUGCGUCAAGUGAGCGAAUUCUUGAGCAGAAUCUGCCAGCGCCACACAGAGGUCCAUGCACAGGCAUCUGCAGCUCUCUUUGACUCCAUGCGCAGCAACCAGGCCUCCGAAGGCCCGUUCUCCCCGCCCCGCGGUCUUCAUUCACCCCCUUUGCAGCUCCAGCAGCGCUCUGAGAAGCCUCCAUGGUAUAGCAGUGGCCCUUCCAGUACUGUGUCCAGUGCUGGUCCUUCCUCCCCUACCACUGUGGAUGGGAACUCCCAUUUUGGCUUCAGUGACCAGCCCUCACUGCAUGCCCAUGUGACUGACGAGAACCAAGGACUUGAGCUGCUCCAGGAGCCCCCUGGAAGUAGAACACAAGAGCUCCCCACAGGAGGGCAGCAAGUGCUUUUUGAACCAAACCAAUCCCCGCAGGAGGAGUCACCUGUGGAAACCAGCAAGCCAGAGGGCCAGGAGAUUGCUGAGGUCAGCCUGCCAUGUCAGGAGAACCAUGACUCUGUUAACCAUACAUGCCAGCCAUGCCAGGCCAAUCAACUGUGCCAGGAAGCCUCUGAGGAAAUUUGGCAGCUUUGCCAGGAGAACCCUGAAGAAGUCAGCCAGCCAAGCCAAGGGAGGCCUGUGGAGGCUGGCCCGCUGGUCCAUGGGUUCCCUGUAGGGGUUGGGAGCCUGGUCCAGGAAACCCUUGUGGAGGUUGACAGGCCAAACCAAGAGAUCCCCAAAGAGUGCAGCCAGCCAUGCCAGGAGUUCUCUGUAGAGGUUGGCAAGUUGGCUCAAGAGGCUUCUGUGGUCAGCCUGUCCUCUCAAGAAAUCCCUGAGGUUAAUAAAAAGUCCCAAGAGCUCCCUGGCAAAGUUGAUUUGGAGGCCCAGGAAGUCCCUGAGGAGGUUAGUCAGCAGUCUUGGGUGGUCCCUGAGGUGAUCAGUAAGCUGCCUAUAGAGGAUGUCCCCCAAGCUCAAUAUCUGCAGAGUGACCCAGGCCCUCAAAGCCAGUCUCCAUUUCAUGACCAGCACUUACCCCUUGCACCAGAAACAUGUAAUCAACCUUUUUCUCAUUAGUGGUGUCACACUUCACCAGCCAUUUGUGCCAGUAGCCUUUUCUGUUGGCUCUCAGCAGCCAGAGAGAGGAGUAGCCUGCCACAGAGGUAUCUGUGAAAGCAGGCCUCUUGGCAUGAAGCAAACACUUGUGCCAGGGCUGCAUGUGGGGAAGGUUAGUUUCAUGUUCAAAACAGCCUUUGGCUCCUUGUUUAGCCGUUAGACUGGAAUGGGAUUUUCUUGGGGUAGUUGAUCUGUCAAUACCUAACCUACUCUGAGCACUGCAGGAAAUUCCAGAUUGUUAAAGGAAAUGGCUAAAAUGCUAAAGACCAGCAAAGGGCCAGUAGGGGCCAACAAGUGUGAAAAGGGACUCCAAGGUCUAUACAGGAAAACAUCCACCACAUCUCAAUGUACCCUUUAAAUCAUGCAUGCCAGGGGCAGGGAGACUCUGGUCUUUACUAGCAAUCCUCAGGCAGAACCAAGAUGACCAUCUGAAAUGUCUGGAACAUAGUUUCCUUCCCAAACAAAUGUCUGUCAUAGCCACUACUCUUAGACUGAGCUUACGGGUGUCUCCUCAUUAUCUCCAGGUGCCCUCUGUGCCCCAUUUCUGCUCCUCUGAGCAAUUGCUCUAGGGAAAAGUAGGUAUUAGUGUGCUGAGCAGUUUCAGAGUGACUCCUGGCGACACUCUGAGGCUGGGCCCUCUUUGCUGUGGGGCUUUUUGGCCUGGGAGAUGCUGUCAUAGACAGAAUCAGGUUCUAUUUUAAGAGAUUAGCACAGAUCAACAUUAUGAAGAUGAGAAUAUAUUUCUAUAGUUUGCAAGGGACAAGGCACAGACUGGCCAAAGACCAAACACUCCAGGGUCCCCAAGAAAAUUGUUUCAUAUCAUGUGUCUUUAGGACCAGAUGUGAUUCUGAAGCUUUUCCCAAAGAUCUGGGGAUACAAGUGGGAGUGGGUAGAAGGGAUAAUGCAGUUAUUAGAGUUGGGGGCCGGAACAUUUUGAGUGCUCAAUAAAUACGAAA